UCUUAACAGUUCAGAAUCUCAUCUCAUCACUUUGAUAAAACAGCAGCAGACUUUCUCUCUCUUCCUUUUUCUCUCUCUAGCUUAGCUAAAUAACGCCACUCUUUACUCAAACGUUUUCCUCACUCCGCCAUUUCUCUAACUAAAAAAAACCAACAUACUUUCUCUCUCUAGAACAGCACUUUGCUUUGAUGAAGAAUUCAAAACCUUCGUGAGAAAAAAAAUGACGACGGCGCCUAUAUCAUGUAAUCCUCGUUUCUAUAUCUAGUUAUCGCAUAUAGAUACAUACAGAGCAGCCGCCAUAGAUUUUAGGAGCGAGCAGAAACUGCGUGAUAGUUUUUUUCCCCUUAUAUAUAUAUAGUGAUUUUACACACAAUUGCAUAUACGUACGUACAUAUAUAUAUAAAUAUAUAUAUCAGAAAAAUAAUGGAGAAACGGCAGGGCUUUUUCACGGCAUUGAAGGAGGAGGUGGUGCGUGGGCUAUCUCCGUCGAGGCCACGCGCCAGUAGUCCUGGUCGGAGCGCGUCGCCGAUGGCGCGUCUGCUCCGACGGAAGAAGGCGGCGAGCGGAAACCACGGCGAGCCGCCGAUAUCGAGAUCGAGCAGCCUCAGGGUGGUGGGGGAGACACUAACCCCGCUGAUGGAAGGUCCGGAUCCAGACGGCGGCGAAAUCGGCGGGUCGAAACGCGUCGGGUCGGGUCUAGGGCAGUGGGUCCGGGGACAGCUGACCCGCAACCCUUCGCUGGCCGUGUACGAGAACGGCUACGGCGGGAACAGGACCUCCGAUCUGAGGCUGCUCCUUGGGGUUUUGGGUGCGCCACUCGCUCCGGCGCACGUUAGCUCCACUGACCCUCUGCCUCAUCUCAGUAUCAAAGACACCCCCAUUGAAAAUUCAUCGGCACAAUACAUACUGCAACAAUACACAGCUGCUUCAGGGGGUCAAAAAGUACAGAACUCCAUUAAAAAUGCUUAUGCAAUGGGGAAGUUGAAAAUGGUAGCAUCGGAAUUCGAAACUGCAACGAGGGUAGUGAAGAACAGAAAUGCCGAUAGAGCCGUUGAAUCAGGUAGUUUUGUGCUGUGGCAGAAGAAUCCAGAUAUGUGGUACGUUGAGCUGGCAGUUGGCGGAAGCAAAGUUCAUGCCGGCUGCAACGGCAAGCUCGUCUGGCGGCACACACCGUGGCUCGGCCCGCACACCGCCAAGGGCCCCGUUCGACCCUUGAGACGUUCUCUUCAGGGACUCGAUCCGAGAACAACCGCGAGUAUGUUUGCGAACGCAAUUUGCAUCGGCGAGAAGAAAAUCAACGGUGAGGACUGCUUCAUUCUCAAACUCUCCGCCGACAACAAAACCCUAAAAUCACGGAGCGAACCACCGGCGGAAAUCAUACGCCACGUCCUCUUCGGCCACUUCAGCCAAAAAUCGGGGCUUCUCGUCCACAUGGAGGAUUCCCAUCUCACGCGCAUUCAAUCAAACGGUGGAGAUGUCGUCUAUUGGGAGACAACAACAAACUCCUUCCUACAUGAUUACAAACCCGUCGAAGGUGUGAUGAUCGCCCACUCGGGUCGUUCGAUAGUGACCCUUUUUCGGUUCGGAGAGACCGCAAUGAGCCACACGAGAACGAGAAUGGAGGAAUCUUGGAGCAUCGAUGAGGUGGCGUUCAAUGUGCCGGGGCUCUCGGUUGAGUGCUUUAUUCCGCCGUGCGAUUUGGAAGACUGCGAAUUCCCUCGAGAGGAGAAGGGUAAAUCGGUAAUUUCGGUUCCAGGGCGCAGAGCGAGAGUUGCGGUGGAUAAUGUGGUUUGGAAAGUUGAGAUUUGACCCGAGUUAGGACUCGUCGAUCUGAUUUUACUAACCAUGGUAGAAGUGAUUGUUUAUGUAUGUAUUAUAGAGGCUAAUUUAGUCAUAGGUUUCCCUCUUGAGGAAAGUUUAUGGUCUAAUUGUAGAAUCCAACUAAAAGUAGUUGGAGCUGAUUUUUCCUAAGCAAUUGGAGGUUAAACUAUUUAGUUUACUUGUUUCUGUGAUUUAAAUAAAAUCGGAAAAUGUUCUUACU